AUGACAGUGCUGGCAGGAGACAACAUGGACGAAGCGUCGGCUUUGCCCGGCCACCCUCAGGACAGCUACCCUCCGGACAACGAUGACCAUGAGUGCUGCGAGCGGGUGGUCAUCAAUAUCUCGGGCCUCCGCUUCGAGACCCAGCUGAAGACCCUGGCCCAGUUCCCCAACACCCUGCUAGGCAACCCCAAAAAGAGAAUGCGCUACUUCGACCCCCUGCGGAACGAGUAUUUCUUCGACCGCAACCGGCCUAGCUUCGACGCCAUCCUGUACUAUUACCAAUCCGGGGGACGCCUCCGGAGACCGGUCAAUGUACCCCUCGAGAUGUUCUCCGAGGAGAUCAAGUUCUACGAGCUGGGCGAGGAGGCGAUGGAGAAGUUCCGGGAGGACGAGGGCUUCAUUCGGGAGGAGGAGAGACCCCUGCCCGAGAAUGAGUACCAACGCCAGGUCUGGCUUCUCUUCGAGCAUCCGGAGAGCUCCGGGCCUGCCCGGGGCAUCGCCAUUGUCUCGGUCAUGGUCAUCCUCAUCUCCAUUGUCAUCUUCUGCCUGGAGACCCUGCCCCAGCUCAAGGACGACAGGAAGAGGACCAUGCAAGUGGGCAACACCACCAUCCCGUACAAAUCCAACAUCCUCAACGACCCCUUCUUCAUCGUAGAGACCCUAUGCAUCAUCUGGUUCUCCUUCGAGCUCCUGGUCCGCUUCUUCGCCUGCCCCAGCAAGACGGAGUUCUUCAAGAACAUCAUGAACUUCAUCGACAUUGUGGCCAUCAUCCCGUACUUCAUCACCCUGGGCACCGAGCUGGCCGAGGAGGAGGAGCGUAAUGUGAGCGGCGAGCAGGCCACGUCCCUGGCCAUCCUCAGGGUCAUCCGCCUGGUGCGGGUCUUCCGCAUCUUCAAGCUCUCCCGCCACUCGAAGGGCCUGCAGAUCCUGGGCCAGACCCUCAAGGCCAGCAUGAGGGAGCUGGGCCUGCUCAUCUUCUUCCUCUUCAUCGGGGUCAUCCUCUUCUCCAGCGCCGUGUUCUUCGCCGAGGCGGACGACCCGGACUCUCACUUCAACAGCAUCCCGGAUUCCUUCUGGUGGGCGGUGGUCUCCAUGACCACGGUGGGAUACGGGGACAUGUACCCCAUCACCAUCGGCGGCAAGAUCGUGGGGUCGUUGUGUGCCAUCGCCGGCGUCCUGACCAUCGCCCUGCCCGUGCCCGUCAUCGUCUCCAACUUCAACUACUUCUACCACCGGGAGACGGAGGGAGAGGAGCAGGAAUUACUGGUUGCUGAAGUUGAGAAAAGUGUUAAUUCCUAAGUACUGUUAAGUGUAACUUUAACCAAUCAUAAAAAUGCACUUUAAAAUUCAGCACAAAUUGCCUUAACUGGUAUAUGAUAUUUAAAGUGAAAAGAGGCUCUGCAGCCUGUGUACCAUCAGGUCCAGAACAUUCAAGUUUGAAUGACUAUGGUAUUAUGACUGUCACUUUUCAACGAUAUCGUUUUGAAAACAUUUAUGUUGACAGGCUUGUUCAUUUCCUGUUUAGGGAUGUCAUAAUACUUCAAUAGGCCAACAUAUUGUGAUACAUAAACUCCCCCAUAAUCAUAGUGCAUUCAUUUAAUUUCCUCAAUUGAGGAUGAUUUUCACCAGAGUAAUCCAAAAUCUUGUAAAGAUAUGAAUGAAUAAAUGGUUAAGGCAACUGUGAAAGACAGAUUAUAUUUCUGAAACAAAGUAGCAUUGAUUAGAAUUAUUCUAUUUUUCCUUACUCAAAAUAUAAUUAGUUUAAAAAUGGAUAGUGUAACUAUCAUUACUUAUAUUGUGACAUCCCUACUCGUUAGCAUAAAAUGUUUCAACUUCUGAUCUAUUUAUUCUUUUGCUUGUUUACUGUCAUAAACAUGCCUAUAAUUUGGUUUAUAAAUUAUUGUUAUUUAAAAACAUAAUUUCUUGCCCUAUGCAGUCUGCUCAUGUAACACAUACUUUACCUUCCCCGUCUACUUAAUGAUAAAUUAAAGAUGAAUUUCCAGGUCUGAUUCAGCUAUGUCCUGACUGGUUAUUUUCACAUAACUUCUGAAAGUGUACAGAAUAUAUCAGUAAUGUAUCAUUGAGCACACAGAAAAUUGAUUUGUAUCCAUUCAGGCUUAAGGCUGCUUCGAAUCCAUUCCCAGAGACAUUUUGUUUUCUU